AUGGGAAGCGGUCUACCUACUCCUCCAUUGGAGGAUCAGAAGUCGAGGAAGAGCUCGUCCAGCUCCAAGUCCAUCAAGCCCAAUCGCCACACUGCCAAGCGUGCCAGCCCUCACAACGCAACACAACACCACGACCACGCUGCCCAAGGCAUGUCUGCCGAUGGUCGUCAUAAGAGAGUGUGGAAGGCUUGCGAAAGAUGCCGCAUGAAGAAGACCAAGUGCGACGGAGAAUUCCCCUGCAAGAGGUGUAAGGACGAUGGUCUAGUCUGCACUGCCGGCGUUCGCAAGAAGACGGAAUACAAGCAGCUCCCUCGAGGAUACGCCGAAGUUCUGGAGCACACCCAGUUCGCCCUCAUCGCCACCGUCCACAAGCUUUACUCCAUGGUCAGGAAUCAACAACAAUGGGACCUGGGUGAACCCGAGCUCAACGACAGGGGACAGCCGGUCAUCCACAACAUUGCUCAGAAGCUUGGAUGUAUCCGCCCCAACAGCGACAUUGACCUGCCGGUGCACUCGGUCUUCCCCGAGGACGAGGCAGGCUUGGCCGAGCUGGCGCACCAAUUGGAAGAGCAACAAAAGGAACGCGAUGUCGAGAAGGCGAUGAAGGUUGAGGCCGACUCUACUUCUAGCUGCGAACGAUCCGACCGCGCCAGCUCUUCCGAGAUUGAUCACUCCGAGUUCGAAGCCGAUUACCGCAAAGCCGUCUUUGGCGGCCACAACAACCCGAUGACGAUGUCGCCGCAAAGCUUUUCCACGGGCUACACCGAAUUCGACGUCGACUCCGUUGCCUCGCCCAUCGACCCGGCUGCCGCCAUGUUCCAACAAAACCAGUCCCCGCCCAUGAACACAUAUCAACAAUGGAACAUGCCCAGGCAAACUGCACCCCCUUCCAUGGAUCUCACGCAACAGUUUUUCCAGCAUCCUAGCGCCCUCGCCGGUAUGGAUAUGCUAAACCAAGGCCUCCUUGAAUCGGAAUUCGGAACCAUCAAGCCCCAUGUCCUCAACUGCCCGAAUCCCGAAGUCAUGAUGGGCAUGGGCGACCCAAUGAUCUAUGGAGGCUACGACGGCGAGCCCAUGCGACUAUAG